GCAGGCAGGUGUUCACACAUAUGCCUACCUACCAACCUUCGUCUCUGACUAUAUAUAUGUAUAACAUGGCCUAUACUUAAACGCAUAACAAUAAAAACAAAACAACUCUCAAAGAAGAUAAAGAAACAAUAAUGGAUUUAGGACAGGUACUACACAUGAAUGGAGGUGUGGGAGAAAAAAGUUACGCAAACAACUCAUUACUUCAGCAAAAGGUAAUUUCUACGACAAAACUUCUAAGAGAUGAAUCCAUAAUCAAUGUGUGUGGCAACACACUUCCCAAAAGCUUGGCAAUUGCAGAUUUGGGUUGUUCUUGUGGACCAAACACUCUGUUGGUGAUAUCAGAAACUAUCAAAGUUGUGGAAAAGCUUUAUAAAAAAAAGAAUCAUAAAUCUCCAGAAUAUAAGAUCUUUUUGAACGAUCUACCGGGGAACGACUUCAAUACUAUAUUCCAGUCCCUCGACACCUUUAAGGAAAAUCUACGCAAUGAAAUCAAAACUGAAAUGGAUCAUUGCUACAUCUUUGGGGCUCCCGGUUCCUUUUAUAGCAGGCUUUUUCCUGAUAAUAGUAUGCAUUUUGUCCAUUCCUCUUAUAGCCUUCAAUUUCUAUCUAAGGUACCCGAGGGUGUAGAUGACAACAAAGGCAACAUUUACUUGUCUAGCACAAGCCCUUCAAAUGUCCUUAAGGCUUACUAUGAUCAAUAUAAAACAGAUUUCUCUUAUUUUCUCAAGUGCCGUGCCCAAGAAUUAGUUGAAGGGGGUUGUUUAUUUGUAACUUUAAUUGGAAGACAAUCUGAGGAUCCAUCAAGCAAGGAGAUUUCUUACCUAUGGGAUUUUAUGUCGGUGGCUCUUAAUGAUAUGGUUUUGGAGGGAAUUAUAAAAGAAGAAAAUCUCAACUCUUUCAACGUUCCUCUCUAUUAUCCAUCUCUAUCUGAAGUGAAGUUGGAAGUUCUCACAGAAGGAUCAUUUUCCAUCAAUCAAUUGGAUUCUUCUCAAAUAAUUUUUAAAGAACUUGAUAAUUAUAAGGAUGCUUUUAACUCUAAAAUUUCAGGAUCACUUACAGAAGAUGGAUACAAUUUGGGACAAUGCAUAAGGGCUAUCGCUGAACCUUUGCUAGUUGGUCAUUUUGGUGAAAGUGUCACUAAAGAGGCUUUUAACCGCUUUCAAAAAUAUGUAACUGAUAAUGUGCCCAAAGAUAGAACUAAGAUCACCAAUAUUACUAUGAUAUUGACUAAAAGGCCAUAACGAUAGCAUUUGUGUGUGGGUUUUAUAUUUGUGGUUCAAAAUGAUUUUCAAAGUUUUGUUGGUUGGUAAUUCAGUGGUCUCUAAAUUAAAUGUCUUGAUGGUAAUAAGUCUCCUUUGGUGCUUUGGUGAAGAAUAAGUCUUAUGCAAAAGCUCGACAUGUAAUUUGGUUGGCAACUACAUGGAGCUUGUGGCGUGCCCGUAGAAAUAUAAUGUUUAGAGGAGAUGUCAUUAACUUGCAAUCAUUAGUGGAUCAAAUUAUUUAUAUCUCCUGGUUUUGGUUUGUUGGUAGAAUAAUUUCUAAGUCUUCUCUUGUAUUUUCAGAUUUAGUGUAAAGAUCCAUUAUCUUGCAUUUUUAGCAUCUAAUGGCUUCUUUUAGAAUUGUAAGGGUUGGGUACCCCUUGUACUCCUUAUAAUUCAUUAUUUGCUUAUAAAAAAAAAAAUGUCUUGAUGGUAUAGCCAAUUUUAAAUAUCAAUACUCUUCUGUUGAUAUCUCUUUCGAUAUUAAUGGUUGUUUUAGUGGA